UUCCGGCGCAUGCGCAGUCCGUCAGGCGGAUCCUCGCUCAUGGAGGAUGUUGAUGUGCAAACUUUCCUCACUCUUAUCACUAAACCUGCUGCAUUAAUCAACCUCUGUUUCGCAGGUUGCCAGAUCCUCUGGCAUGUAAUCCUCCUGAUUAAUUGACAUGUUUUGGUAAAAUGGCUGCUGAGCUGUUUCCUGCCAGAAAACUGUCCACUGUUCAACAGUACCAGCAGCAGAACCUCAGCAACAACAACAACACCGUCCAGGGAUGUAACUGGCAAGGCUUGUAUCCCUCCAUCAGAGAGAGAAACGCAGUCAUGUUCAACAACGAGCUGAUGGCUGAUAUUCAUUUUGUGGUGGGACCUCCCGGAGGAACCCAGAGAGUCCCGGGACACAAGUACGUCCUGGCUGUGGGCAGUUCGGUAUUUCAUGCCAUGUUCUACGGAGAGCUGGCUGAAGAUAAGGACGAGAUCCGGAUCCCUGAUGUGGAGCCUGCGUCAUUCCUCGCCAUGCUCAAGUAUAUCUACUGUGAUGAGAUAGACCUGUGUGCCGACAGCGUCCUCGCCACGCUGUACGCUGCCAAGAAGUACAUCGUACCUCACUUGGCCCGCGCUUGCGUCAACUUCCUGGAGACCAGCCUGAGUGCGCGAAACGCCUGCGUCCUGCUCUCUCAGAGCUGUCUGUUCGAGGAGCCCGACCUCACGCAGCGCUGCUGGGAGGUGAUCGACGCGCAGGCCGAGCUCGCGCUCCGCUCCGAGGGAUUCUGCGACAUCGACGCUCAGACUCUGGAGAGCAUCCUGCGGCGCGAGACGCUCAACGCCAAAGAGAUGGUGGUGCUGGAGGCGGCGUUGAGCUGGGCCGAAGCAGAGUGUCAACGACAGGAGCUCCAGCCCACCAUCGAGAACAAACGGCUUGUUUUGGGAAAGAACAUCUACCUGAUACGGAUCCCGGCGAUGGCGCUUGAUGAUUUCGCCAAUGGUGUUGCGCAGUCCGGCGUGCUGACGCUCAACGAAACCAACGAUAUCUUCCUGUGGUACACAGCGGCCAAGAAACCGGAGCUCAAGUUCGUCUGCAAGCCACGUAAAGGGUUAACGCCGCAGUGGUGCCACCGUUUUCAGUCCUGCGCGUACCGCAGCAAUCAGUGGCGAUACCGCGGCCGCUGCGACAGCAUCCAGUUCGCCGUGGACAAGCGCGUCUUCAUCGCCGGGUUCGGGCUGUACGGCUCCAGCUGCGGCUCGGCCGAGUACCAGGCCAAGAUCGAGCUGAAGCGCCAAGGCAGCGUGACGCUCGGCGUCGCCAUCAUCAACUACUUCUCCGACGGCUCCAGCAAAACCUUCCCCGUCUUCUUCGAGCACCCGGUGCAGAUCGAGCCCGACACCUUCUACACGGCCAGCGUGGUUCUGGACGGGAACGAGUUGAGCUAUUUUGGCCAGGAGGGCAUGACGGAGGUCCAGUGCGGGAAGGUGACCUUCCAGUUCCAGUGCUCCUCGGACAGCACCAACGGGACGGGUGUGCAGGGGGGGCAGAUCCCUGAACUCAUAUUUUAUGCUUGAGAGAGCGUCCCGUUCACCACUGAUUAAUCAGAACCCAAUCUUCCUGUUCCUUAAUGAAGUGCUGCUCAGAUUUUGCACAAAGGCUGCAAAAAAGAUUAUUAGAGAUUACUGACAAUCCUUAGAGACUAUAUUAAUGUUGGUGCACCUGAAAAUGAAGUUCGGUUAUACUCAGCCUCAUUGUCUUCCAAACCAAUAAGCCUUCGGUGCAACGUCAAAUUUCAGACUCAGAAUUCUUAAAGUGGUCGAUUAAACUUGAAAGCUGUAAUUUACACCAUGAAAUACACUUUACUGUGCUAAAGUUAAUACUUUUAUUCAGAGAGAACCAAUUAAAUUGAUUAAAAGUGACUGUAAAGACAUUUAUGAUGUCUCUAAAGUUUUCUAUUUCAAAUAAAUUCUGUUCUUUUGAACUUUCUGUUCAUCAAAGAAACCAGUUUAAUAAGCAAUAAUUAAUGACGAUAAGCAGCACAGCUGUUUUCAACAUUGAUAAUAAUCAGAAAUGUGUCUUGAGCAGCAAAUCAUCAUAUUAGAGUGAUUUUUUUUGUUAUUAUUGAUUAGUUGAGGCUCUCAAGUCUCAUUUUCCAGUUGCACAUAUUCAAAACUUGUGGUUUCAAGACACUUCUGCCAUGUUUGAUGUUGAUGAGAGCAAAGGCAGUUGGUUAUCACAGCUUGAUGUUAAAAUCAGUAUGCAAAGUAGAUUGCAGUCAAUGAUUUAUAAUUAAUAAUGACAUAAAUUUCCACACGACUUCGGCUCACUUGGACAAUGGUGCAAGGGUGAAUUAGAUGACAUGAGGUUGAGUAAAGGAACUCAUCUUCAUUUUUGUGUGAUGUAUAUAUUGUUAAGCGCAGAGAUUAUGAUUCACUUAUUUAGCUGGAUAGACCUUUCUUGAAAAUGACACUAAUACUAAAGAUAAAAGUGCAACUUAAAAGCUUCAGCACAAAUAACAUCUGCCUCACGUAAAUCCUCGUGAAGCGUUGGUCUCCUGUCGGGUUAAAGGUCACGUGAGGUUCACGUUUCCUCCCGACUGACACUUAUUGAGCUAAAUAACAGCAGACGGGUUUUGAGGAAGAUGAUUUGUGAAGCCACACACUUGAUUUAAUCUACAGAAUCAUAUUUUAUUGCCUUUUGUGUCGUAUCGUAACGAAACUGUAUUUUGCUGAACUCUAAAGUAUUUGUAUACUUUUUUUACUCAAAGCGUGAAGCACAAUUUGUCCUGAAGCGUUUCAGUAAAACUUAUUUUCUCUACUCACCAUCCAUGUAAUCCUAUAUUUUGUAACAUUUUGGUGCGACACAACAUUGUAUGUGAGUGGGGUGAAGUCAAGAGGGGUUUUACAAAGACUUUGAGAGGAAAGAUGAGGAGAGGGAGCUAUUGCUUCAAAGUUUAGAGGUUUGGGGCAAAACUCAAGGAGUUCGGUCACUUUUCAUAACAACCAGACUUGGGAAUUUUGCUAUAAAAUGGGCAAAAAAAAAUCCCACAGAUGACGAAGGAGGGACCUGAGCCACAUAAAGAGCAGAAUAUCAUAGAAAUUUGGGUUGUUUACUGAAGCCAGUAAGAAACCAACGCCCUGUCAAUCCAUAACAGUUUAGCAGCAUGACGGCAAUGUCGAGCACCGUUCAGAAACUGAACAAAUGAUACUGUGGUGAUAACCUGAAACACAACACAGCACCCGAGCUCUUUCAGUCGAUGUCAAACCUUAAAUGCACUAUUCCUCGUAAAGUAGCUGUUUUUUGUAACACUGUGGCACAAUCUAGUAUCAUUCCGUUGGUUUUACUUCUGAAAUGCUUGUGAUCUGGAGUUCCUCUUUAUUCAGUCAAAUCAAACCCUGCUGUUGACAUUACUCGGCUAAAAUCUGUUAUUUGUGCCUUUUCUGGAUUGGGUUUACUUACUUUUACACUUUGUUCCUGGACCAUGAAUUGAGAUGUCUUUACAUGCUCUGAGCACUGCUCAUAUUCACUGGAACUGGAACUGGAAGAGGUUUCAUUCAUUCGUUGUUUUACAGUUGUAUUUGAAAGUGCCAACAGACUUGAAUGUGAGAGCUGCGUUUGUGUCAACAUGAAUAAAGAUUACAUUAACUCCA